AUGUUUGCGAUAAUAAGUCUCACAAUAGUUACCGCCGCCGCUGCAGUCUACUGGUACCUAAAUCGGCACAAACCCAUCAAAUACUUGCUUAGCGACUUCCGUUGCAUGCUGGACAUGCAAGGGGCUGGCGCCGGAGGAUUAAUCGACGACUGGGUGAACAUUAGAAGGAACAAAGUCGUACUGCCGGACGCCAGCAAGAAAAUCGCCGUCAUAACGGGCGGUGCACGCGGCAUCGGCACAGAAGUCAUCAGGGGUCUCCUCAAAGCUAAUGUAACUGUGAUAAUGGGCAUACGGAAACCCGAUGCCGCCAAGAACAUGAUGGAAACGAUGAUAUUCUUUGAAGAUGUAAAUAUGAAGGCACAUUAUGAUACCACUGCAGCCUAUGCCCAGUCAAAACUUGCACAGGUUAUGACAGCAAGAUACCUGAAUAAAGUUCUCGACAGCGAAGAUGCAAAUGUAAAGUUCUAUUCGGUCCAUCCGGGAAUUGUUGACACAGACUUGUUUGAGCAUACCAACUUUCACAAUCUUCCGUGGUUAAAGAAAAUAUUCUUUAAGACACCAGAGAAAGGGGCCACUUCUAUACUGUAUGCUUGUUUCAACAAAGACAUCGAAGAAAAAGGAGGUCUCUACAUUAGUAAUUGCGGCGAGGGUAUUAGCAACAGUUUCUCAAAAAACACAAAUCAUCAGAAAAGACUGUUUGAUAUUUCUUGCGAAUUAGCUGGUAUUGAACCCGAAAAGUUUGGAAAACUUGAACUA